CCAAGGUUAUACCCGCUGGCAGUCUGUCUGUCCCUGGCACCCGGGGCCUCAGUCUUGCUCACUCGAGUGCACCUCACUCACCUGUACCUGAGUGCCCUGCACUCCCGCGUCCUGAGUGCCACCACCUGAGUGGCUAUAAUCCCGAGUGUCGCGUCCUGAGUGCCACCACCUGAGUGGCUAUAGUCCCGAGUGCGCGUCCUGAGUGCCACCACCUGAGUGGCUAUAGUCCCGAGUGUCGCGUCCUGAGUGCCACCACCUGAGUGGCUAUAGUCCCGAGUGCGCGUCCUGAGUGCCACCACCUGAGUGGCUAUAGUCCCGAGUGCGUGUCCUGAGUGCCACCACCUGAGUGGCUAUAGUCCCGAGUGUCGCGUCCUGAGUGCCACCACCUGAGUGGCUAUAGUCCCGAGUGCGCGUCCUGAGUGCCACCACCUGAGUGGCUAUAGUCCCGAGUGCGUGUCCUGAGUGCCUUGUGAUCGGCAGCCAUGUGAGGCACUCUGUGUACAAAGGUCACUCGCUGCCUCACUGAGCGGCAGUGCCAUGGAGGAAAUAUAAGUGUCAGUGCCUCGCGUGAAUCAGAGUGCGUCAGAGUGUAUAUAGAGUGACAGGAGGAGGGAGUGGAGGGAUGGAGGGCGGUGCGUGGAGGAGCAAGGUGAUGGAGUGCCGCCUGUGAUGGAGUGCCCGCGUGUAGUGCGGCCAACAGGUGCCGCCCAGUGCCAGGCCGACCUCUUCUGUCAGCUGGAGGUUGCACUGGAGCCUCCGGUACAACCUCGCUCCUGCCCAACCCCUUCCACCCACCUCCACCCACCCCCGUGCCCCGCCCCGUCCCGCUCCUGGGGUUGCCACCCCCUGCAGGGCGGGGGUGGUGCUGGGCGGCACCCCGCCCUCAUACCGCCCGCCCCCGUCAACACCCGCUCUCAGCUCGAUGAGUUCGAGGAGGUAAUUUCUCGCAUGGAGACUAUGAGUGGAGGCGGCCGUCCUGCCUCGCCCAGCCUGCCUCUCUCCUCCCAACACCUGCACCAGCAACACCUGCACGAGCAACACCUGCACGAUCAGCAACAACACGAGCAACACCUCCAGAAUCAACACAUGCACGAUCAACACCUGCAAAAUCAACAGCAUCAUCAUCAACACCUGCAGGAUAAACAACUGCACGAUCAAUACCUGCCGAAUCAACAGCAGCAUGAUCAGCAUCUCCAGAAUCAACACCUGUUUGAUCAACACAUUCAUGAUCAACACCUGCAUGAUCAACACAUGAACGAUCAACACAUGCAUGAUGCCCGACUACGCGAUCAUCGCCUGCACGAGCAACAACACAUUAGUCUGCAGCAUAACAACAUAUGCGAACAAGACAUGAAAUAUCACCAGCAGCAACUCCAGCAGCAGCAGCAGCACCAGCAGCAGCAGCAGCAGCAGCAGCAGCAGCAACAGCAGCAGGAGCAGCAGCAGCAUCUGCAGGAGCAGGAGCAGCAGCAUCUGCAGCAGCUGCAACAGGUGAAACAGCAGCACCAGAACCCCGGGGGCUUCUACGAUCUGGGUUAUGGGUCGACGGAGAGUCGGACGGGGGCCAGGCCGGAACCCACGAGCCUAAGGUGUGAGUCUUUUCUCUCACCCCUCACCUCACCUCACACCUCACCCUCCCCUGCUUCACACCGCUCCUCUCUCGAACCGCCGCCCACGCCCACCGUCAAGAUCGAAGUGACGGCACCCUGGGAGGAGGUGGGCGCCGCCGCCCACAGAUGCAAGGUGCUCGGUCUGCCGCCCCUUGCCCCGCCCUCCAACGUCAAGGUGCUGCCCACCACCUCCAGGACGCAGAUGAAGCAGCAGCUGAUGCGGCAGCAGCUGCAGCAGCAGCAGGAAGCCAGGGAUGUGGCAGCCUCGCGCAUGCGCCAGCAACACCACCUUCACCAACAGCAGCUGCAGCAACAGCAACACAUUCAGCAACAGCACCAAUUACAGCAGCAGCAGCAGCAGCAGCAGCAGCAGGCAUCGCCAUCCCUGCUUCCAUGCCCUCGGAGCUGCCACCACAGGUCCUGCAGAAAAAUUGUUCAGACGCGGCUGGAGAACCCUACCUACUACCACGUCCUCCAGUCCCAAAGGAGGCAGGUCCGGCAGUUCUUGUGUGGGGGCGGCUCCCCCCACGACACGCCCCCCUCCACUGUGGCUGACCCCAAUCUGACCCCCAUCUGGCCGCACUCCGACCCCGGGGCUCUCCGCAUCUCUGGACCCCAUGGUACGUGGUAUUGACCCCUUGUAUUGGCUACCUCCUUGGAUAUAUGUGGUUCUUGCCAAGGUCCUGCCUACUCUGAGGUCUGUGAGAUACUGACCGGUCACCGGAAUGGCUAGUACCAGCUCCCUGUAGAAAAUGACGUCAGAGGCUUACUUGAUUGUGAUUGGCUAUCCCCCAACCGUCGUUUAAUUUGAAUACUAACACCGCUCGGACACGCUACCAAGUCGACGUCACUUGUCGACAAGCUCUGGCUAGCUAGAUAGUUACAAUGAUAUUAAAAAGGACCUCGGUGGCAUUCAGUAAUGGCUCACAUGAGGAAUUGUAUAAUAAAUAUUAAAGGAAGUUCAGGUGUGCGGAAUACUAACACUGGCGAACACAACAAAAAUUAGAACAUAGGUUAAAAAAUCGUGAUGACAAUGUUUGAACUUAACAAGAGCAUGAGGAACACAUACCUGUCUAGGU